GCAUUUUUCUGCCAGUCGGUACACAUUUUCAGCCAAUUUUACAGGGGUUGAAUUGCUGUGCGGAUAUUACGUGCUGAAUAUUUGAACUUUUGUAACUUUAAAAGUAUUUUUUUGUGUGUAAAACUCUUAUUUUGUACAAAGAAAAAAAACAUUUAAACGUAAAUUUGAAAAUAUCGAAGAGCUACCGCAGCGGUGUGUCAGUCGACAAGCGUUUCGCGAGAGUUUUGGCAGCGUAAUCGACACGCUACGGUCGCUGGAAAAGUGCAGCUAGACGACCGUGGCACCCGUAGCUGUUUGUAUAUUUUUAUUCACACAUUGAUUCUGCCUGCCUGCCUGCCAUCAAGUGCUGCUGGUCGUGGGUUUGAUUUUUCAGUCAGCAGCUGCGAAUUACUGCUUUCGGUCGGAACAAAACGCCCGAAAGGAUUACACUUUACACCCAGUAAUCGAUAGAGCUUUCCGUAAGCUCUCAGCGGUCUCGAAGUGGAGACGAAGAAAGCAAAAAUGGUGCUGGCUGACCGAACCGUUGAGAAUGUUCGCAACGGCCGCCGGUCACGGGGUCCUAGUCCAAAUGGCCACUCGAUGGCGGCAACAGCCGCUGCGAUGGUCGCCGGUGGCAUAACCGAGUCCAGUUCCGACGAUGAAAACUCACGGAAAAACGGAAACUCAUCCAAAGCAGCCAAGACGAAGAGCGAGUAUGAAGAAAAGAUCCGCGUUGGCCGAGACUAUCAGGCCGUUUGUCCAGAGCUGAUACCUGCCCCAGAGAGGAAACCGGAAAAUUUGAACGAUCGCGCCUUGCUGGUGUGGUCUCCGACAAAGGAAAUUCCAGACAACAGGCUGGAGGAGUACAUCACAGUGGCCAAAGAGAAGUACGGAUACAACGGUGAGCAGGCGCUUGGAAUGCUGUUCUGGCAUAAGCAUGAUCUUGAGCGAGCUGUGCUAGAUCUGGCCAACUUUACCCCCUUCCCGGACGAGUGGACCGUUGAGGACAAGGUUCUGUUCGAGCAAGCGUUCCAAUUCCAUGGUAAAAGUUUUCAUCGAAUCCGACAAAUGCUACCGGACAAAUCGAUCGCCAGCCUGGUGAAGUUUUACUACUCGUGGAAGAAAACCCGCAGCCGGACCAGCGUGAUGGAUCGGCAGGAAAAGCUGAAAAAGAACGACAGUUCCGAGAAUGGAAGCGACCACGGGAGCAACGAGGACUCGGACAAUGACGAUAAGCCCGCGGCAAGUACGGGUGGUACCACUGGUGCGGUGGCUGUCAGCUCGGGUACGGCUGGCUCUACCGUCAACAGUGGAACAGCGUCGAACGUCACCCCCAGCACAAACGGUACAACGCAGAACGAUUCCGCCGAUGCUGGUGCCGGUGUUACUACUGCCACUGCUGCUGUUGCUGGCGGAACUGCUGCUGCUAGUGGUGCCACUUCCCGAUCAAAUCAACCAGACACAGAGGGAGGUGAAGGAACCACUUGUCCACCUGCGACCACUAACGGUAAUACCGGCACCCAACAGUCGAACUCACUCAAUUGUUCCGGCUGCGGUGUGACGUGUAGCGAGCUGAAUACUACUCCUCAGGGAAAACUGUGCGGAAGUUGCUACCAUCAUUGGAGACGUACCGGGGUGUUGCGUCCCACAUCCGGUCCGACUUUCAUGAACAAACGCGCGCGCAAUUCGACCCUGUUGGGCAAGUCCGGUGAGAGUCACAAGCGUAGGCCCCCGCGGGGAAUGUACAUCAACCACGACGACAUCGUCAAGUUGGCCAAUUCAGCUCAGAUCAGCGGCGGCACGGGUGAGGGAAAACCGUCCGAGGACUUGCUGGCCGGGAUGGAUAGGGAAAUUGUUUCGCUUUGGAGUCAAAUCCAGCUCAACAAACAGUGCGUUAGUGGGUUAAAGCGUCAGAUUCAACUUUAUCCAGAGAUGAGCAACCCGGCGGAUACGGCCACGGCUCGCGUCAACUCGCGCUGGAACAAUGAGGAACUGCUGUUAGCCGUGCAUGGCGUGCGCAAGUAUGGGCGGGACUUUCAGGCCAUUGCCGAUACGAUCGGCACCAAGACGGAAACUCAGCUCCGUACGUUUUUCGUCAACUAUCGACGAAAAUACAAUCUGGACAAUGUGCUCAAAGAGUACGAAGCGGAUCAGAAGCAGCUGCAGGAACAGUUAAACAAUAAUAACAAUACCAAUAGCAGCAGUAAUAACAACAAUGUUAACAAGGAAGAUGACUCAACGACAUCCAUUAGUGAGCUGGAAAGCGCCGAUACUAGCUCAACCGUCGGGGAAAAACUGCUAGAUUUGGACGAGGGUAAAAAACUGUUGGGAAAAAAGCCUGCCCCUCUGGACUCUGGAGAAAUCAUGGAGAUCGAUCUCGUGGACGAUGAGAUGGUGAACGGAAAAAAGGGUGACACGGAUGCGGACACCUUGGACGGAUCGAGCAACACGCAGACAACGUCGGGUGUGACCUCUGCUACCUCGCUGCCGAGUGGCACGCUGGCGGUCACUUCGUCGGGAACUCCUGCCUCUUCUGCCACUUCUACGGUGGCGGAUGCUGGACAGAUGGAUAGUGGCGCUCCGAUGGAUGUUGACGAUCAGUCUAGUUCCAGUGCGAAACUGUCCGACUCGGCCAGCAACAGCACAAUCAUCAUAAAGUAAGAAUGGAAUUCUACCAGCUGUGCGGUUGAAGUCGUGGUUAUGAUAGAACUAUUUCUCGUUUGUUUACUCGCGGAACCCUUUCUUAUCACCGUUCGACAGCUGUUUAUUGCUAACAUUUCUUUAGCGUAUUCGUCAAUGCACUCUUCCGCCCUGUCGAAUGUCUUGUAUUAUCUUAUUAUCUGUAAUGAUACUACCGAGCGAGAUGUGCGGCCAUUUCUCCCUCGGUGUCAAUUUUCUUACAAAUGUAUGAACUUUUCCGACCAAGUGGGUAACACUCCGCAGCCACGAGCUACCCAACUACAUUUAACUUGUAUGCUUCAGAUUAUUCUUAUUGCUUUAAAUAAUCUUCUGCUUUGAAGAAAAUAGUUUAACAACUUUAUUCACUCGUUUUAGUAAAAAAUAUAUAUAUAUAUAACUUGUAUUCAGUUUAAUAAUUGUGUUCCAAAAAAUGAAACUUUAGCUAGGAAACUCUUACACAAAACAAAGUCGCCUAAAGACAUGGUAUUAGACAACUCUCAUAUACACAUAAAUAUAAACAGCCAAAAAAAAAAAAAAACAAAGGUUGCACACCCAACUCAAUGAUUGAGAACAGCUGCUUACAGUACAGUAUGCCCUUAAACGUUGCAGGUUAAGCAUUACAGAAAUAGACAAAAAAUAAUAAGAAAAAAAAACUAAUGAAAAACCGUUACAUUGCAAUGCAUUAUAGACGCCGGUUAAUUGAUGCUAUUAAUACCAUUUAUCGACGAAAGUGAGAAAGUUAUAAAGAUGACUAUUUAAGAGUUGAAAACUAAUUUAAAAUCAAACUAAUUGAUAGCGUAUGAUAGAAGCCCUGAAAAACAAACUAAAAAAAAACACAUCUUUGAAUCACUAUUAAACACAGGAAAAAUAGAAA